AUGGGUUCUUCCCAAUCGCAUAUCCAGAAUAACAACCCCUCUUCCUCAUCUUCCUCCGCCUCCGCCUCCACUUCACGAUCUCCUCCCUCACCUCCGCCUACAAACCGUCGUCAAUCAUCGACCUUAUCACGACUCAAAUCCAUCCGUAGACUCUCAACACUAGGGCGACGUGACUCAACGAACACGGUUCCCAGCUCGAAGAGGCUCAGACAGGGGAGUGCGACCUCCGAUUCAAUACUUAGUAAUGGAGGAAGGGAAGAUGGAAGGAAGAAGAAAGCUAGAGGGUCUAGUCCCAUCAUACCCUCGACUCCUACCACUAUCACCGUUGAUCAGCCGACUGAAGAAGAAGAGGAUGAAUCGCGAAAGCCAUCAAGACUGGAUACGCCUUAUCCCACGGGUGCGGCCAAGGAACCGUCUGAAGACCAGGUGAUGGAGAGUGCAGAAGCUAUUUCCUCAUCCAUACAAGCCAUACCUAUGCCUGCCUCACACGUCUCUGCGGAUCGACCGGAUAUCUCAAUCUUACCACCUUCGCCAUCUACCAUCAUCCCACCUAUAUCCUCUUUAGGCCUUUCCACAUCUCCACCUUCUCCAGCACCGACACCAGCAUCAAUACCAUUACCUACCACGCCAUCAUCCGAAACUUCCGAUCCCUUAUCUGAAGAACGUCUUAGGUCACUAUCGACCAUCCGGGAUGCCCUAGGUCCAGAUUGGCCAAACUCAUCCCCUACUCCUGCGGUCGAGAGACUGUUCCACAGAUUGAGAAGAUCAACCUCAACGCCUGAUAUCAAUGACCAAUUAUCAUCGUCAUCGAAUCCUCAUCGACAUAAUCAGAGAACAAUGUCAGAUAGGUUAACAGCAUUAUUGGGUUUCUCCACACCCGGACAUCCGGCAUCAUCACAAACCCAAUCGCAGUCUGCUGUUCCUUCUUCAUCAACUCUUAGUGCUCAAGCUGAGAAUGCAGACGCCGAUGAUGCAACUAUAGAAGAAUUGACUAAUCGUCUUGCCCAAGCGAGGGAAGAAUUAGCCGAUACAGAAAGACAGUUGAACGAGACCAGGGAGAGGAUGGAAAACGUCAGAAAUCGAAGACCACCUUCGGGAGCGGUUUUGAUCAUUCAAGGUUUGGCUCAGACCCAUGCACCUGAACCGACCGACGAGGAAGUACAUACCGAAGACGGUGGAAAUUCAGGUAUAGGAGAGGGUAGACGAAGACCCGGAAUGAGAAAUAGGAGAUCGUCAGAAGGUAGUCAUACUCUUCUUCGAAGGAAUAGGAAUGACGAGAGAGAAAGGGACAGUGGUAAUUUGGAUACUCAGGCUAGAAUGAUCGGUGGCUUAUUAACUGUGGCUGCUGCCGCCACUGCUACUACAUUACUCGCCCCUUCCUCACCCCCUCUUCCAGCGACCACCGCCCGCUCGCCAGCUGCCUCAGCUCUGGAAUCGAUCGUCAACCGCCUUCGACCUAGACCCAAUCGACCUCAAUCCGUUGAAGCUGCCCUCGGCCACUACCUCAGAACGGCACUCCAAAGUUCGAGAGAGGGCGCUCCGUCAACUUCCCCUACAACCCCUACAACUACUUCCAAUCUUACCACCGAGGAAACUGGCACGGAAGGGGGCUCCGAAAACACCCCAGAGAUCAUUUCGACAGACUUCCAAAGGUUUCUGGAAAGUGUACAAGGUGAUCUGGUAGGGGCGGUCAGAGAGUUUGCUGGACCGUUACCUCUAGAAACGUCCCUUGGCGAAAGAGUAGAUCAACAGCCGGUACGGGAUGAAACGGAAAUAAGGGAAGAGGAAAAGCGAGAAGUGGGAGACGAAGAGAGUUUCGUUACUGCUCCGUCAACCGUGCCUACGCCAUUACCAGCGACUCCCACUCACGAGAUCUCAGCCGCACUAGAUGAUCCACCUAUCGCCGGUCCAAGUCACACUACGACCCUCAAUCCAACUAUUCCUACUUUCCAUCGACAACUCGGCCAGAAUCUACCUGGUGAUCCAACGAGAGCAACCCCACAAGUGACGGGAGGAACGAACGGUCAACCCAGACGACUGAACUUCUUCAGAGCUCAUGUAUUCCCUCCUUUCCCUUCUUCUACGACACCCAAUCAGGAUGGCACAGAGCAGGGUGGCACUGCAAAUGGUAAUGAUGAUCCGCCGAUCGUACCCUGUAUAUUCAUUGGAGUCAGGAGUAUAAGACAUGAUCCGAAUAUGACGACGGACGACCUAGUGCAACAUCCAAAUUUCCCAUUUGUUGACGGUCAAGUACCGCCUCCCGCUGAUAAUUCAGACAUUGCAGACUCUGAGAUGGAACCAGAUUCGGAAUCGAGUGUAGUAGCUGGCAUACCGGAUCUGACCCAAUCACCUAUCAGAGCUUCUACCCCCCUUCCAUCCUCAGCCCCAACCACUUCCCCGUCUUCUACUGCUGGUGAAAGAAGGACAUUGAGAGAACGGUUCAUGGAUCGUCUUCAUCCCCUACGUACCGCAUCAAGAAGGAAUCCCACCCAUCUCGGACCAUUGAACACAUAUCUGGUCUAUGUGAUAGGAGGUAAUUACCCCCAGAAUCACCCGAUCCUAUCGAUACCCAACCUCAUUACUGGCGGACCAUUAACAGACGAAGAGAUGAAUCUUAUAAGUGAACUUAUGGGACCUGCUAAGCCACCUACAGUCAAUAAAGAUGAAAUCGAGAAGAGCGGGCUGAAGAUUGUCAGGGGAUCUGAGAUGGAUGAUUUGAGGAAGGAUGGGAAGUUGUUGGAUAUUUGUGGUGAUAGGUGUUUGGUCUGUUUGAGCGAGUACGAACCAGAGGACGAAUGUCGGAUCCUAAACUGCAGACAUGGCUAUCACAAGGAAUGUGUCGAUCAGUGGUUGAGUAAAGGUAGAAAUAGUUGUCCUGCAUGUAGGUCUGAAGCUGUUGAUACUACCAAAUUACCUAAAGAAACCACCACUACCACUGUACCCUCGACUUCAGAUAAUGAAGCGGCGCGUGCUGCGUCUUCGGUGGAUAUGGAUGUAGACGAAUGA